AUGUCUGAGUCGCACCAAUUGGUUCCAAUCAACUUCCUGAAGCCGGCGAAACAUAAAGUGAUCCACAAGUACUGGAAUGUGGAGCCGGACGUGCUGAGGACGAACGGCAACGAGUUCUUCAGGCAGGGCGACUACGUCAGGGCCAUCGCCCUUUACACCAAGAGCGCGUCCGUGGCGGCCGCGGACAGCAGGCCUCGAGGUCUGGCCUUGGCCAAUCGCAGCGCCGUCCUCCUGGCCCUCGGCCUCUACCAAGAGUGCCUCAAGGACGUGGAGGCCGCCUUCAGGUGCGGCUACCCUGACGAUCUCGCCCACAAGCUGCACCUGAGGUCGGCCGUCAGCCACAAGGCCCUGGGCGACGCCGACAAGGCUCAAAAGAGCUUUCAAAAGGUGUUGCAAGAAAUCAACCUGCCUCUGGACAAGAGGGAAAAGGUCGCUGAGGACGCGAACAGGCAAUUUAAAGAAGUUCAUGUGCCGAAAGUCCCGAGGAUCAGGGUGCAGUACCUGAAUCCACCUGAGCUGAGCUACGGGGCUCAACAGGAGAAUCCAGCAUUGUCCGCUGGUGUGAGGAAGAGACCAAAUCCCACCUUGGGCCAUGUUUACGUCGCAGAAAGAGAUUUGUCCAUCGGCGAUGUGAUUCUGGUUGAAAACCCGAUGAUGUACGGAUUAACCUUUGACUACUACGACAGUGAAGAGAAAUAUUGGACGUACUGCCACGAGUGCUUCAAAUUUUGUCUCAACCUCACACCCUGCCCGUCAUGUUCGUGGUCUCUCUAUUGCUCCAAGAUGUGCAGGGCUGAAGCUCUGCAAAAGCACCACAGAGUCGAGUGCGGAGUAAAACAAUCUGCCAUCGAUGGGAUUUUGAGGAAGCAGAAGAAGCAAAUCAAGACCUCGGUGCUCAUCGCCGUCGACCACCUCUUCAAGGUCAUCUCCUUCCUGGGUUUGCAGAACUGCAUCACCGCAUUGUCUGACGACGACAAGCACCAAGUUUUGGAAACUGCCUCUGAAAGCAUCAAGAAAAUCUUUGCUGUGAAGAAGGUCAAAAUUGGGUAUAGACGUGUCAAGGACUUUGAUGAGUCAUUUGUUGUGGACCAAGUUGUGGCCAGCUUCAAGCUCAGUCCUAAAGAGACCAAAAGACUGGCCACCUUCCUCACAGAGAUCUCUUCCAUUCUCGAGAGGUACAAAUUCUGCAUCCUCGAGUGUGUCAUUUCUCAGAAUGGCGACCACUAUGACUGCCUUGACCACAAUCAACACGCCUGGGGCUUUUUCGCCACAGCCACCAAGUUCAACUACUGUUGUGAUCCAAACACGAUCCAGUGUUUCCACGGAAAGACAAUGGUCCUAAAGUUGCUCAGACCUAUCAGAUGUGGCGAGGAGAUUUUCCUUCAGGCUGACUUAGACUACAGGUUCUUUCCGCUCGCUGACCGUCAGAUGGUGAACAAGUUCAACUCGUAUGAGUGCCAGUGCGACGCGUGCAUCUUUGACUGGCCUCGAUCUGAUGAUCAGAAAAUGGGUGCAGACUUUGUGCACAAUGACCUCAACUGCAUGCUGCUGGCCCUCAAGUUGUCCAAACACAUUGAGUCAGUCGACGGAGCUUAUCGGAGAAACUUCGAGUCUGACGAAAUUUUCAGAGUUUGCGUCAGCAUCACGAAUGAGUACUCCGAACGUCAUCACCGGAGAGAUGAUCAAUUGUACGGCCAAGCCGCCAUGUACAUCUUUUUGUACCUGCAAUCACGCUCCAAGAAGUUUGUGUUCGGCGAAAGAGCUGCUGGUCAGCAAGACGACGAGACACGCCAUUACGUCUCUAUUCCAGAAUCACUCAACAUUUUCCACACAGACAAUACAAGAUAUGGACCAUGGAGCUGCGUUGGUUGGCCGCUAAUGAUUGAAAGACCAGCUUGUUAGUUAAAAAAAUUAACACUCAUUGAAUCGAGAAAAAAUCUAAUUUGGUUUCCAAGCUGUUUUGAAAAUUGAAACUUUCUCGUGCCCAGUACAACUCAGUUGUAAAUUUAAAAUAGUAUUUUGGAAAAUUAACUAAUCUAAAAUUAAAUUAAAUGCAUCAAAUUUAUCUGGGUACUGCGAAAUGUGAACAUUUGUUGUAGAGAAAUGCACCAAACUGUAGAGUGUCAUUUUAGUUGUGAUGCUUAGCUUUAUCAUGUGCCUAACUUUGUUUGAAAAUUUAUUUUUGCCAAAUUUAUGAUAGAAAAUUUUGCUUUUCAACUAAAAACUUAACGAUCAUAAAAAUUUUACGAUGAAACUAUAUAUAAAUGCAAAAUUUUCCCUACAGUGAAAUUUGUGUUUUGGCUUAGAAUGCUUUUUAUGGGAGCCCGAUCCACAGCUACUGUCCUUCCUCUGUUCGUUCCACCAUAUUCGUACAAAAAAUGCGCGGGAACACCGCGAGCCAACAAGGUUGUUUCAAUGCAUGGGUUUUUACCAAGAGCGCAUACCAUUUUAUACUUCCUGGUUUUUCUUGUAAAUUAGAGAAUUAAUGGAAGUCCUCUUUGAUAAAAAAAUUUCAUCCAAUAACAAAAUAACAUUUUUGCCAAAAUUAUGUAUUACAGAUUGCUGCAUGAAUAAUUUAUCAGAAUUAUAAUCAUAUAACUGCAACAGCGAAGCCGAUUUGUGAAUUUUUCUUAACUUUAGUUUGAGGUAAGAAACUUAGAAAGAGCCUAAAGAAAAAUAAAUGUAAACAAAUGUCAAGUG